AUGCAGCCCGCCCGCCUGGAGCGAGGCGUCCUGCCGUUUGUGAUCGGGUGGCGCGCCCUGGGAAGCGCCGGGGUGCCAGUGCAGCGACUGCGGCGGCGGCAGCGGGAACAAGUCCAGCUGGCAGCAGCAGAAGCAGCAUACAACCGGCAGCAAGCUCAUGACCGGGAAUGUGGCCCUGACCAGCAGCAGCAACAGCGGCAGCAGCGUGGCUGGCACCCUCUUGCCGCCCGCUUUGCAGUGACAGGAGCGUUGGCGGCAGGUGCGCUGCUGGCCGCCGUGUCGCCGGCAAGUGCAGCGGCGUGUCCACCAGUGCAGCCGCUCGCAGGUGGCGCAGUCGCAGCAGCAUCAGCAGCAGUACACAGGGCCCCACGCCAGCGGCAGCACCUUGGCUUUGCAUCCGUCGGCAUCGGCAGCGCCUCGCCGGCCUUCCGCUCCGAGCGCGCGUUUGACGUGGCAGGCUUCAAGCUGGCUGGCGUGCUGCAGCAGCUUUUGUCGGCGCACAUCUUCGUCAAGAUUGUGGCGCUCAUCCUCCUUGGUGCACCCGUGAUCUGGGCCUGGGGCUGCCUCUAUGCCGCCAUCACCGGCGCGCCCAUCAGCCUGGGCGUCUUCAAAGUGUACACUGUUGUGUUGAGGGCGCCCGGGGCGCGGGUGACGGAGGAGACCAGCCUGCCUGCGGCAAUUCUCAUCAACUCGGCUUUCAUCACGGGCAUGUUCACUUUCGCAGUGCUCAUUGGUCUGGUCAGCGAAGAGAUCAAAGCCAGGCUGGGGGCUGUGCGCCGUGGCAACACUCCGUUGGCCAUAGCCGAUCACACUCUGGUGCUCGGAUGGAACCGACAGGCGCCUCUGCUGCUGCGCCAGAUGGCCACCAACGGGCAUGGGGACAGCAGGGUGCUGGGCAGGGAUAUUGUUGUGCUGGCCGACCGUGACAGGGAUGCGCUGGAUGCAGAUGUCGCACGCACGCUGCAAGGCAGCGGCCUACACUUCAAGACGAGGAGCGGCGCUCCUUACUCUGCAAAAGACCUGGAGACGGUGUCUGCUGCUCACGCCAAAACAGUCAUCCUUCUGCAUCCUGACAAGGAUGAGCAAUUAGAUGCCUCACUGGUGAUCCCUACCUGUUCUGCGCUGGAAAUGCAGGCCGCAGAAGUGCACAAGACUGCCACGCUUUUGGGCCUGCAGUCGUGCCGCAGCCACCCCUCCACCACUCUGCGGCGGCAGCGGGUGGUACUGCAGAACCCGGAUGUGCCCCCGCUAGACAGGAGCAGCGAGGCGCAGCAGGCGACCCGCACCAUUGCUGGCGUGGUGCAGCGAUCGCUGCCCCCUGCAGCAAAUAUGAAGCUGGUGGAAGUUAACGGAAACCGUAACAUGGCGCGCCUCAUCGCCCAGUCGGCGGUGCAGCCCGGUGUCAGCUCCAUUCUGGGCCAGAUAGCUCAGUCGGCGCCUGGAGCCCCCGACUUCCACAUUGUUGAUAUGGGUACCUGGCGCAUCAUGGAGGGUGCCAACGAGGCAGCGAGCAUCAGCUACCAGGCAUGUCUGGACUCCUCGCAUGGCCUGCCAGGACGGAUCCAUGGCAUUGAGCUGGAUGACGCCAGGCGAAAGCUCUUGAACGCAGUGGUGUGCGGCUUCAUCUCACAUGCGGAUCGCCGGACCUAUCUGAACCCACCUGACAGCCAGAUCCUGAGCCGUGCUGACAAGCUGAUUGUGCUGUCGCACAGCAAUCAGCCGGAGAUGGCCCCGCAUGGCAGCACCGCUGCGCGGCUGGACCUGGUGGCGCUGCAGCAGCAGCUGGAGGCGGCAGUGCUGCCUGUGUCGGCGCCGAAAAGCAUAGUAGUUGUGGGGUGGAGCGGACCUCUGGACGAUCUCUCGUCGGGGUUGUGCGACUUUGCAGUGGCUGGGAGCGAGGUGACGAUCAUCAGCAGCGAGCGUCCCCCGGAAUUCGCUGAGAGCACAUCCUUGGAGGUGGAGGGGCGCAGCCUACACUGGAUAGCGGGCGGGUUGCUGGAUCGCGAGGCAUACCUCAAGGCGGGCGUGGCCACUGCGCACGCUGUCAUCCUUGGAUCUGUUCAGGCUGAGGAUUUCAAGAGCGCGGAUGCGCGCUUGCUGACAUCGCUGCUGAUGGUCCAGGACAUCUGUAACACGGCAAGCACUUCUGGCAAGCCGCCGCACAUCGUCGCCUGCAUACAGAGUCCAGAGACGGUGGCCACAGCGAAUCACAUCCUCACAGAGCUAGCCAGGACCCGGCUGACGGCAGAGCUGCUACAACCUGGGGAGCUGCUGUCUGGGAUGCUGCUGCAGGUGGCCCACGAGCCGGCGUUGGCCCCUGCACUGUCGGAGCUGAUUGAUAGCUGCAAGGGCAACGAAAUUUACCUGCGGCGCCCCGAGCGGUACGGCCUCAACGGCAGCGGCACCUCCUUUGCGGCGGUGGGGGAGCUGGCUAGGUGCAGCACUCGUUACAUGUCAUCCCAUGCCUACCGCUCGUACACUACAGAACCUCUCUUCUCUUCCUUCUUGAGUAUUUUGAACCUACGCUGCUUCCCCUGCCGAUCCUCCUCAAGAAAUGUUUCUUCUGAACUUUUUGUACUAACUGCAAAUUUAAAUUACUUCCCAGCACAGGGCCCCCAAGACUCCGCAAGUGGCUGGGACACCGCCAUGACGCCCGAUGGCGUGGCGGUCAAAGGGGAAGCCGGCGAGCCACCGGCUGCCUCCCGCAAGUGGGAGCAGACCGCGGCCCACGGCAAGGGUAGAGUGCGGCCGCGCAAGAACCAGCCGCCAGAGUUGCAGACUAACGUGCCGCGCCUGACGGCAGUGGCCUACACGGAUGCGGAGCACGGCGAGCGCGAGGGCGACCCCCGCCCCCGCUUCCACGGCCAGCUGGCCGACGGUUGGGUGGACUACAUCAGGCUGGACACCGCCCAGAACGUGUACCGCACAUUGAACAAGCUGUGGACGCACCAGCCGGUGCUGCUGCGCGGCACGCCGCUGGCUGCGGGACUGGUGGGCAGGUGGAGCUUCCAGCAGCUGGCGCGGUGCAUCGGCGGGCAGCACCAGCUGCGCGUGCUGUGCUCCAACGCCAGGCGCCAGCGCUUCUUUGAGUACGACGACGUGAAGAACGUGUAUGGCGGGCUGUACCAUGUGCGGGAGCCCGAGACGCAGCGCCUGGACAUGCCCUUCCCGGACUUCGUGCAGUGCGCGGCGCAGUGGCGCGCGCGCAGGGUGCACGUGCGGGAAACGGUCAUGCGGUACCAGCAGCCAGAACAGGCCGCAGGCAGCCAGGCGACUGCGGCAGCGCCGUCGCCCAGUGGUACCGGCACCGGCAGCCCCAGCAGCAGCGGUAGCAGGCUGGAAGCCAGCAGCAGGCCUCAGGUGGAUGCCGGCAGCGUGUGCGGCCGCGGUCUGAGGCACGACCUGGAGGGCGGCGUCGACUGGGGCUGGCUGGCGGGGCUGCGCCGCUCGCAGCGCUACGGCCCCGUGACGCGUGUGGACCUGGAUGCCGGCACCACGGGCGGCCUGCUGCCCGCGCAGUAUGAGCUGGAGGACCGGCUGGUGGUGCAGGUCACGGGGCGGCGCCGCGUGCUGCUGCUGAAUCCCGGGCAGGCCUUUGAGGGGCUGUACCCCUACCCCAUCCACCACACCUACGACCGAUACUGCAUGGUGGACCUGGAGGAGCCGGACCUGGGCCUGUGGCCCAAGUUUAGCGGCGUGCGGGGGCAGACCGCCAUCCUGGGCCCAGGCGACGCGCUGUAUGUGCCCGCCUACUGGUUUGUGCACUCGCAGCACUUGGAGGCGGAGUCUGUGGCCCUCGGCAUCCACCUGCACCAGGGCCUGCGCCCGCCCUCCCCUGAGGCCACCCCCCUGCGACUGUCGCGCGCCCUGGAGCAGCGCGUGGCAGACGUGGAGGGCCCCGGCGAAGUGCGCCACUGGCUGCAGCUCAUCGGGCACGGCGAGGAGCACGAGUGGAUCGACCUUGGCACGGUCAAGGGCUACCGCCGCAUCGUGUUCUGCCAGAGCGUGCGGGACGACGUGGAUGGCGCGCUGGGCAGCGGCGCCUGGGCCGACCUGCUGCCCCGCAUGUGUGAGGGGCGGCUGGUGCCCACCCCCUGGCUCAACAAGGACUUCCGGGAGCCGCUGUACCUGCUGGACAAGCCGGUGGUGCUGGAGGACACGCGCACCAAGGAGGAGAAGCAGUACCCGGAGCUGUUCAGGACGAAGCUGGAGAGGGAGGGGUGGUAUGUGCCGCCCAGCGUCAGCACCGUGCCGAUUCCAGGGGUCAACAUGCCCAAGAAUGCAGAUUACAGGACGUAUGUGCCGCCCACCUGA